CAGGUAUUUUUCGUAAGUAUGCUCAAGUCCUGUGUAUGGCACUUGACCCUUUACAUUCAUCAAGCUACGGAAAGUGCUAUGGCUUUCAAUGUGUCUCUUUGUAAUACGUAUGGUUCUGAAUUCAAGCCACUCUUUGUUAAAAGCAAAAUAUCCUUCCAUUAUUCUCAAUGUGCUGAAAGUGAACAUUUAAUUCUUAAAAGUGGAAACUGGAUGUGUGCAGAUUUAAGAAAAUCUGGUGGAAAAGGUAAUGCUGAGAGCUUCCCCUCGGUUGUAAGUUAUCCGAAAUUACCACGAAUUUCAUUGAGAACAGGAACUGUGGAAGCAUCCGAUUCCCUGUUUCAUCUUCGAUACGGCACUCAACUUAAGCGAGAAAAUGAAUUAGAAAUUGCACUGGAACUUAAAUGCGAGUUUAAAUUUUCCGAUUGCAGCAGUCUUUCAGAGAUCAUAAAAACUUCAUCUGCUUUUGCAUUGCCUACAAGUCUUCAUCAUCAGCAGUUUAGCUGUGAUCUAGGAAAUCUGUACAAAACUGGAAAGUUGUCCGAUAUCACUAUUACGGUCGGUUCCAAGACAUUCUCCGUGCACAAGAGUAUUGUUUGUGCACGAUCUGCGGUAUUUUGUAGAAUGUUUGAAAUAGAAAUGAAAGAAUCGGUAGGGAACCGUGUUGAUAUUUCAGACAUCGAUCCCGAUAUAAUGGACGAAAUACUUAUGUACAUGUAUUCAGGUUGGCUGAAAAAACCAUUGGAGGGUGAUAGAGCUGAAGAACUGUACGCAGUGGCUGAUAAAUACGAUAUUUUUACUCUCAAGGAAAAGUGCUCAACUUUUUUCAAAUCAGGUCUUUCUGCCAGUAAUGUAUGUCGAGUUCUGCAGUUAGCAGAUUUACAUUCAGAUGAUGAUUUGUAUAAGCAAGUAAUGAAAUUUCUUUCUCAAGAGUGGUAUAUUUUUUCUACCGUAGAAUGGCAAACAUUCACACUAUGUAACGGUAGUGUUGCGGCUAAAGUUCAAAAAGAUGUGAAAAAGGUGAAGCUAUAAAGGAAAAAGUAAUAAAAAUUAGCAUUUA